AAAGGGGAAACAUGAAUAAAAUUUUCAAAUUUGUUAAUGUUGAGGUCGCCUCUAUUUUCCUUUUUUUUGUUGCAAGUGUUGUGAGCUAUGGAUCGCCUUAUCCUUGUCUUGCAGACAAUGAUUGUUCUCCUUCAUUGUGCUCCUCUCCUACUAUGAAAAUUAUUUGUAGUGAUACUAAUUGCAUUUGCAUUUAAAAUUUAUACUUAAGUUUCAAAUUAAUUAUAUGUUACUGUAUAAUUUUAUUCAUGCAUCAAAAUGUUGUCACUCUUGUGAUUAAUUUCAUAUUUUGAUUAUUAUUUUUUCAAUCUUUUAAUUUUCUUAUCAGGAUCUAAAGCAUAUUAAUUUCACAUUUUUUUAAUAUUGGAUAAAAAUAAAUCCCAAAUAUUUACAAUCCAUCAGCUGGCCUCUCUAACUAAAAAUAAUUAUAUUGUACUUCAUAGAUUUUUAAAUACUUUAAUGAUGAUGUGGUUUGUCAAAAAAAAAAAAAACUUUGAUGUGGAAGUCAAAUACAAAGGUUAUAACUAAUUUAAUAAUUAUAAUCAUACUCACCAUGUUGGAAUUAAUUUAAGGAAAAUGUUUGAACAAAAAAAAAUAUUUAAGGAAAAUGUAAAAUAGUGUCUGGACACUUAUUAAGCUUUUUUAUUUAUUUUUAUAUUUUACUAUUAAUAUUUGGCCUAUUGGACUGCCUAAUCUGGUUCGGAUGUUAGUUUUUGCAUUAAGUAGUUUCAGCCCCCUCCCGAUCGCAGUUGCGAAAGAUCGAACCAUGGUUCUCCCUAUCAAGUGUCAAUCACCAUUGGACCAACUAACGAUCGGUUGGCACUUGUUAAGCUUUUUUUUUUCUUUCACCACCAAUUUAAUCUGGUUCGGGGGUCAGUUCUGGCAUCAAGGUUCAAAUGGUUUCAGCCCCCUCCCGAUCGCAGUUGCGGGGGAUUGAACCGUGGUCCUCCCUACCAAGUUCAACAUCAAUCACCACAAAACCAACUAACGAUUGGUUCGACGCAUGUUAAGCUUAUUAAUAAGGAAAUUUUAUCUUGAAAUUUGUGCAUUUAAUACCUUAAAAGUGUAAAAUAUUAUAUUUCUAACAUUAACUUUACUUUUUGUUUCUUUUUUUGAUAUGUUCAACAAGUGCUCCAAAAAUAUUGUUUAGCUCCGAAAAUACUGUUUAGCAAUUUAUACGAAUUUGAUCAAAUGAAUGUUGUUUCAACAAAUAAAAAAUAAAUAAAUAAAUUGAAAUGCGAAAAGUCUUGCGAGAUUAAUUGCUAUACAUCAACGGUGUAAAACUUUUUAACACAUACAUCCAAUCAAAUCACACCAUAUUGCCACUUUUAUAAGUUAGUUCCUAAAAUUUCUCAACAAAAAUCUACUUUGCGUAAUUUGAUAGGAUGACAUGUGUAAAUAAAUUUACAUUUCAAUGUAUAUAAAUUAAAUCCAAAAUCUUGUACCAAAAAAAAAAAAAUUAAAUCCAAAAUCUUGCUCAAUAUAUAAACAAACUUUCAGUUUCUCGGUUGAUUUAAUUUCUAAAGUACCUAAUAAUAUAGUUUUUUUUAGGCUUAAUUGCAUAUUUGGUCCUUACGAUUAUUUUAAAUUUUAAUUUGGUCCCUUACUUUUAAAAAGUUUCAAGUUGGUCUUUUUUGUCAAAUUUCUAUUGAAAUGGUCCACGUGACUAAUAGAUUUGCCUACUCGGACAAGUUAGGAGGAUACUACAUGAAAGUUUUAGACGAAAUUAAUUCAAAAUUUAUAAUAUAAGUUAAAAAAAAAGUAACUCAAAAUUGAACAAAAAUGACAAACUUAAGUUGACAUCAAUAAUAUAAAUAACCAACUUGAAACUUUUUAAAUGUCAGAGACUAAAUUGAAACUUAAAAUAAACGUAAGGACUAAAUAUACAAUUGAGUUAUUUUUUUUAUAAUGAACUAAAUACAUUAAUAAUUCGUCCCAUAAGUCCUAGCUCAAUCGACAAAAAUGCCGAAAUUGUUAGGUCAGACGUCGUGAACCAGGUUCAAACCCAUGAUCUCACAAUUAUAUGAGUUUAAUUUCAGUGGAUUACAUUAAUAAUUCAAUAAUUCAAUUAUAAAAAAAAUAUAUCAGUAAUUCAAUAAAAUUAAAUUUUGAGAAAAUAAUUCAACAAAAUUAAAAAAUGAAAAUUUGUUUAGUUUAAUUAACAAAACCCUUCUGUCAAAAAAAUAAAAUAAAACCCUAACACAUAUACCCUCGAAACGUCUUCCUGCAAUUCUUUUGAUUUCGUUGUGUCCUCUUUCUUCUCUCCAUUCCCACCCGUGGAGUUAAUUUUAUCCAGAAAACACUUAAUUGAAAAAGCGCGUCUGAGAAUCGAAAAACGCACAACAAGAGAGAGUAAUAAAGAAUGGCAGGUACAGAGGAAGAAAGCGCAGUGAAAGAGCCUUUGGAUCUCAUAAGACUCAGCCUCGAAGAACGUAUAUACGUCAAACUCCGUUCUGAUAGAGAGCUUCGUGGAAAACUUCAUGCUUAUGAUCAGCAUCUUAAUAUGAUUCUCGGUGAUGUUGAAGAAAUUGUUACCACUGUUGAAAUUGAUGAUGAGACAUAUGAAGAAAUUGUUAGGACUACAAAGCGAACAGUUCCUUUCCUGUUUGUUCGGGGAGAUGGAGUGAUAUUGGUUUCCCCACCACUGAGGACUGCAUAACAUGGAGUGAAGUUGAACAAUGUAAUCAUUUUAAUGACAACUAUCACAAAAGUUGUAUAACUUCUUAACUAGUAGUAAUCUCAUUGCUAUAUGAUUAGACUAUCUCCAAUUGGCAUGUUUGCUAGUGUUUUCUGCUAAACAUUCAGUUUUUGUAUUCAAUUUAUAGCAUGAGAAUAUCUUAGUAUGCUCUUGAACAAGGCUUUUGGCUGCAGCUUGGAGCUGUAGUUAUUAUAUAUUAGUGUCUCCAUAAGAUUAAGCCAUGA